UCUUAAUAUCUUCUGCGAAAAAUUUAGAUUUGUUAAAGGAUCAUGGUAUAAUAUAAAUAAAUUAUUAAAAUAAAGGAAUAAGAUAUAUAUUUUGCAGCAAAAAAGCUUUUUGUUAAAAGGGUCGGUAACAAUGUUGUCAAUAAUUACCGACAUGAGUUAAGUCAACCGUAAGAUUGAUUACUAUAUUAUCCUUAGAGUCUACACUCCGAUAUCUAUAUAUGCGACUAUGGGUCGCAUCGUCGCGUUCAGUUUUCUAUGGUUUUAUACGGAGUACUAAACGGAAAACCGUUCAAAAUUUCUUCGCACGAAGAAUCGAAAGUGUAUGUCACGAAAUGAACUAGGCAAGUUGUCUAGCCAUGACAUUGUAAAACACAAUAUUUUUGGAAAGUUGAAACGGAAAAGAGAAGGAGAAAAAGAAUUUGCGAUAGAUAAUUUAUAAAAAAGACAAGAUGAGCGUUACCGGUAAACAGAUCUAUGAUAAGAUUCGCGGGCUGCGACCGGAUUUGUCAUCGGGGAUCACAUCGGAAAUUUUGAGCAAGGUCUGCGAUGAUCCUAACAUGCAGCCUUUUCUGGAAUGGUUCUGUAAGAAUGUGAGCAGCGCUAAUGUUCUCUCUAUUGAGGAAAUAAAAUUAAAAGAUAUGUUGCAAAAUGCCGGCGAAUGGCUAGAGGAUAAAGAAUUGGAUGCUACAUUGGAGGAAGCAACCAGAGAAUGUCCAGAUUUGCUCCAGCUUGUCAGUGUAGAUGAAACAUGUAGAGAAGAUUUGUUUGUAGAAUACGAAACAUUGAAGGAAAGCUAUAGAGACAGCGAGGAAUAUCUUUAUACAUUGAAACAUAGUAUAAAAAAUCUAAAGGACAUUGAGAAUAAGUUGGAUGACGACAUUGAAGAAGCGGAAACUAUGUUGGAUAAAGAGCAGAUUGAAACGGAAAAAGCAUAUGAUGAUUGCAGUGUAAUUCUGAAAGAAUUUGACAAAAACAAUUGUCAAUUCUCUCAGGAUGUUCAUAAUCUUCUGAAUAUAUAUGCAGAUGCUAUUAAAAAUCAAGGCAGUCCAGUAUUGUGGUCACAAAUGCCGAUAGACCUGUUUAUUAAACAAGUAGAACUUUACAAUCAUUACCUGGCUAUUUAUAUAAAAAAGCAAUUUGGAAAUGCUAGUAAGAAAGAACAAGAAGAGGAUUCGGAUUAUGCAUCUCUAAUAAAUGAUAGUAGGGAGAAACAAGUUGACGAAAGAAUGCAUGUGUUAUCCUUGUGUAAGACUAUCUUGACGAAUUCUAAAAUAGAAGAAAUUAAUGCUAGUGUUCAAGAGGAGUCUUAUACAACAAUGUUACAAUGUAUGCAAGAUAUUUAUAAUGGCGGAGUUUUGAAAUUGCCUGGGGAUAGUAAAAUACAUGAUGAAAUACAAAUGUUAAGCAUGAAAAGGGAUUUUCUGGAGCAGAAUGUUACACUUUUGCGAGAUCAACAAUUUCCUGAAGAAGUAGUACAAUUCGCAGAAAUGGAAAUGCUAAAGAUCGUGAGAAAUGAUGCACUUGCUCGUCUCGAACGCAGAAAAGCUCGUCUCAAAACACUCAAGAAUUUACACUCUCUCGCAAUGGAGCAUGGACAUGUUUAUGUCGAUUUGCUGUGUAUGUUAAUGGAAAUACAGUUUUGUUCUCUACGCGAGGUUGCUGAAUUUAUUGCCGAUGCUCAUCAUUACAUUAGCACAGAAUAUAAACUGUCUUCUACAAGAUGUGAAGUCAUGCAACAACAACAAGACGAAUAUGCAACUCUCAUAGCACAAUCUCCAAAAACUUAUAAUGUAUUUAAUCAAAUAUUCAUCUCCAUGAUGCUCGAUAACGAUAUCUCGGACGAGUCAUUCUCUUCGGCAUUGAAAAGAUACGAUAACCUAAUAGUCGACAAUAGGGAGAAAAAGAAAUUUAUAUUGGAAACACAUAUAAAUAAUAAAAUCGAUGAAUUACAAAAAUUAGAGGAUGAAGUUAACAAGGAUUAUAUGGCUGAAAUACAAAAUGGAUCAACAAUCAGCUUCAGGCCAUUUUCAUAUGAAAUAAAUAAUAAAUACGAGGAAAUAUCCGCAAUUGUUCAGGAGAUACAAAAAGAUUUAACAAGAAUUAGGAAUCAAUUCAAAGAACGAAUGAGGAUGGACACCAAUUUAGAACGCGAGAAGGACAUUUUAUGGCAGAGAUUCUUGGCAGAACCAGAUAUGUUAAGAAUGAAAUACGAGGAAGCGGAGCAAAAAGCAAACGAGUCUCACUUUGGCCACAUUGCGGAAAGUAAGCCGAAUUUGUAAAUUAAUAAAUUCUAAAAAUUAUGUCGAUUAUAAGUUGUCAAGGAAUUGUAUAAAGGAAAAAGUUGUAUAGGUUCCAGUGAAUAUUUUUUCUAAUUGUUUUCGUAUACUUUUAUAUUUCGUAAAAUCAAAAAUUAAAACAAUGCGAUACACUCGGUAUAUUGCAAAAUCGUACAUUUGCGAAAAAGAUCUGAUUUUGCUUUUCUAAUCCUCUGAAUUCUUUCACAUCAUCAAAAAGAAAAAAAUCCUGCUUGCCUUUGCAUUCUUAAAAAUAUGAUAUACGCGAUGCGUUACAUGAAUGCGAUAAUGAAUGAUUCGUUUCAAGGAUGCGUUUGUGUAUGUGUGUAUGCUGCGCGCAUGCGUAUAUCGAGUGUAAAUUCAACGAGAGAUGACGUAGAAGAGGUGCCCAAGUGUAACCUUGAUCCGCGCGCAUCGAUGUCCCUCCCCCUCUCCUUCAUCGAUGUUGUCCUCCGCUCUCCUCUCUUCGCUUCCCCCCGCCUUCAUCGCCGACAUAGUAUUUCGUUCAAACCGUCCCCCGCUCUCGAGCCGUGUGUAUAUAUGUACACAAAAGGAUCAUAAGCAAACGCUCCGUGUACGAAACGAUAUGCAUUUUGAAAACAUUUCGCAACAUUUCUCGCGUAAAUACAAAAGAGAAAGAGAGAAAGGCCGUAAUUUAUUCGAACGCCGCGAUGCAUGCUCGUUUUCCCUGUGAACAGAACAACGAACGGCGGCGGAGAGGAGGGAGGGAAAAAGAUAGAUUGGCAAGAAAGAGAGAGAGAGAGAGAGAAAAGAAAAAGAUGACGGAACGGGGAAGUGGCGUGGCGAGGAGUAUUAUCGAUUCGCCGGGGCUCGUGAGUUAACGGUUUGUUUACACGAACGCGGGGUCGGAGGGGCGCCGGGCAGACGGAGUGGGACAGGCGACGCGCAUGCGCCGCCCGACCAAAACAAUAAUAACAGAGUAGAAGGUUCAUGGCUGGCGGACGCGAACGGAUGACCGCUCGCUCUUCGCUCUUUCGAACUCGUUCAAGCCUGUCGUAGACUUCGCUCGCGUGCGCGAAGAGAGUUGGCCUGUCGCGCGAAACAGUAAAUAACGACGGGAAACGCGGAUACGCGAAACAAGAGAGAGAGAGAGAGAGAGAGAGCGAACAUUUAACAACUAACGCGCCGUGUGUACAUUCUGUUAUACGAGAAGUGCGUCGACAAUCCGAUACACCUGAGAAUUUUCUUCACCGGAGAACAAGUGUGGAAUUAUCUCGGAGUAUCAAGACUACCUCGAAAUCUGUAAGGAGAGUACGACGCCGGUAAUCAACCGAUACUCGGAGUCGAAACUCUACGAGGCGUGCCUGCUUCGAUUAGUUUCGUCACAACCGUGAGAAACAAGGAUAAACCGCGUACGGAAUUGUAAUAACUACCUCGAUAAAAAAAGAA